AUGGAUUUUCUGCACCACUCCAAGAUCACCAUCCACAAAAUCCUAAGAACCAUUAUGAUGAACUUUAACAGCACAGAGCCCUGGCUUUCCAUCAAUACUUCAUUUCCCAUUGUGCCUGUAAUAGCCGGGACCACUAACAGAAGUGGCAUGGAGGCGUAUCUUCUCAGACUGGCUCAUUUAGAUGAGGGGCUCUACAAUGACUUUUAUGGACUUUGGAUUGCUCUCAUGGUCAUAAACUCUCUCAUAUUCCUGGUGGGGAUGGUGCUCAACACAGUUGCACUUUAUGUUUUCUGUUUCCGUACAAGGCAGAAGACCACAUCAGUGAUCUACACGAUUAACUUAGCAGUGACGGAUCUCUUGGUGAAUCUGUCUCUGCCCACUCGUAUCCUGCUCUACUACAGCGGAGGAGCUUGUCUCACCUGCUCCUACCUGCACAUCUUCAGCUACUUUGUCAACAUGUACUGCAGCAUCUUGUUUCUCACCUGCAUAUGUGUCGACCGCUAUCUUGCCAUUGUACAAGUUGAAGCUUCCAGACGGUGGAGAAACUCCAGCGUGGCCAAAUGUGUCUGUGUCUCUGUCUGGCUCUUUGCCAUCGUGGUCACCUACUCCUUCCUCUCCACGGCUUUCCAGCAUCCGGGCUGCUGCCUGUCAAAGCUGCUCUUUCUCACCAUAUUUGAGUUUUUCCUACCACUCAUCAUCAUCGUGGUCUUCACAGUGAGGAUUAUGUGGGCACUGGCGGACCCUCGUCUGAUGCAGCAAAGCAGGAAGAGGAGACGGAGGGCUGUCCAGCUCUUAACCACAGUGCUGAUCAUUUUCACUGUCUGCUUCACUCCUUUCCAUAUCAGACAGGUGGUGGUGUAUUUCUACCCUGACUUGCCUCAUCAUGUAAUAGUCUACCACCUGACGGUCACCCUCAGCAGUUUGAACAGCUGUAUGGAUCCUAUCGUUUACUGCUUUGUUACAAAUAAUUUCCAGGCCACCAUGAGGAACAUCUUCCGUCGCGCAGAGCCCGAGCAGACCAGUGGUGACAUCAUCAGCAUGCAGCACAGCUCCAAGGCCUCGGGAGGGAUGGCCAACGCCAUCACUAAGGAUGUGAUCAUGAUGACCAAGAUUUCUACUUCCCUGCAGAGAGACAAUGUGGGAAAGAACCACACUUUUAUGCAGAGUGAAGGUAACUGA